AUGCGGUGCUGGACCAUGGUGUUUGCUGCACUUCCAGAGGAGGUCCAUAAUGCAAUGCUUCCCCCAAAGAUUCUUCCAGCAGAAGAGCUGGACGUAUGUGACAGAAAAUAUAUUCUACUCUUUGAUGGAGUAUUGGCUGAAAGGAGUGCCACCAAAACUGUAGCCAUGGGUGCCAUGAUGCUUUCAGAAAAGUCUCAAGGAAAAGCAUUGCAAGCAACAGUAGUGACUGUAGGAUCAUCGAGAAAGGAAAUGGUGGAGAGAGCCAACCAGUCAGUUAGUGUGAAACCUGGAGACAAAGUUCUUCUCCCAGAAUAUGGGGACACCAAAGUGAUUCUAGAUGAUAAGGGUUACUUCUUAUUUAGAGAUGGUGACAUUCUUGGAAAGUAUGUGGACUGA